CAAUUCCACCCUCUUCUUCGCCCCCUCCAGAUCUCCGACCCAACCCAUACAAACUCAAACCCCCACGAAAACCCUCCCCCCUCUCAUCGCCGCCGAAACCCUAACCUAGACGCGCCGCCGCCGCCGGCCCCCCCGCCGCCAUGUCGAACCCCAAGGGGUCCAAGAUGCUCCAGUUCGUCAACUACCGCAUGCGCGUCACGAUCCAGGACGGGCGCCAGCUCGUCGGCAAGUUCAUGGCCUUCGACCGCCACAUGAACCUCGUCCUCGGCGACUGCGAGGAGUUCCGCAAGCUCCCGCCCUCCAAGUCCUCCAAGACCACGGGCGAGCGCGAGGAGCGGAGGACGCUCGGCCUGCUCCUCCUCCGCGGCGAGGAGGUCGUCUCCAUGACCGUCGAGGGCCCGCCACCGCCCGACGAGUCCCGCGUCAAGGCCUCCGCCGGCGGGGGCGCGCUCUCGGGCACGGGCGUCGGGCGCCCCGCCGGCCGCGGGAUCGCCACGGGGCCGCUGCUCCAGGCCCAGCCCGGCCUCUCUGGCCCUGUUCGCGGCGUCGGCGGACCGGCACCCGGCAUGAUGCAGCCGCAGAUCUCGCGGCCCCCGAUGCCAAACCUCUCGGCGCCGCCGAUGUCGUACCCGCAGGUCGGCCGCCCGCCGAUGCCCAUGCCCAUGCGCCCUGGUGGCCCGCCGCCUAUGCAGAUGCAGUUCCAGCGCCCGCCGGGGCCGCCUCCUGCGCCGUACCCUGGGGGCCCGCCGCAGCAGUUCAUGAGAGGGCCACCACCCAUGGGGCCGCCACCGGGGAGGCCAGGGAUGCCAGGCAUGCCCCCACCGCCUGGGAUGAGGCCUAUGCCGCCACCGCAGUUUGGACAGCCUCCCAGGCAUGGGAUGCCACCACCGCCGCCUGGUCCACAGCAGCCUGGACAGAACCCCCAGCAGUAGAACCUUUGAGGUUCAGUUGUUACUAUCCCACCUCCUAUGGAAGAUUUGUCUUGAGAAGCGAGACAGGCCUUGUCAGCGUAGCACUCUUGCUUUUGAUGGUGAGGAGAUGGACUGUUUCGGAUGCAAUGUACGUAAAAGAGGCUGGAGCUUGUUUAACUGUUGGGAAAUUGUUGAGUUAGGGACAUGGUAGUCUGUUUUAUUCUGUCGGAUCUUGUUGCCCGAUGUGCUUGCACUCGUAUUGUGUUUUCUGCAGAUCUUUCUUAGCACAAUUGACUUCAGAUCGUAAAUUGCCUGGCUUGCAGCUUGUUUGUGUAUCUGUUUCAUUUCCUUCUAACUUUUUCCUGAACAA